GGUGAGCGAGCUACAGGCCGGCUGCAGGCCGACGGAGUCAGCAUGGUGGCCACAGCGCCCGCGGCCACAGCUGCAGCAGCAGAGGCGGCUGAGGAAGAGCUGGGGGCUGAAGCCCGGGGCCUCCGGGUAGUGGACCCGGCAGCCCUGUGAACACCCGCUUCUCCACGCCACCCGCUCUCCCCUUUUCCUCAAUUCCUCCCUCCCCCAACCUUCCCUUCUCGCAGACUGCGACUGGUACGUGGGGUCGGGCGACCCCGCCGGACGAUGCGCCCACCUGGCCGUCCCGGAGGCUGAGCCUGCAGCCCCGCGCCUCGACCCUUCUCCUCACGGCCACCCCCUCAUGGCUUUCCCCGGCGCCGAGGGAGGGGUCGACAGGCCCGUGUCCCCUGCCCGAGGGGUCCCCGCAGCCACCGGCUCGUCGUCGUCGUCCUCCGCCUCCUCCUGCUCGUCCUCGUCCUCUGCUGCGGCGGGACCCGGGGGCGGGCGGCUGUGGGCCGCGCUGUAUGACUACGAGGCGAGCGGCGAGGACGAGCUGAGCCUGCGGCGGGGCCAGCUGGUGGAGGUGCUGUCCCAGGACGCUGCCGUGUCGGGCGACGAGGGCUGGUGGGCCGGCCAGGUGCAGAGGCGCCUUGGUAUCUUCCCCGCCAACUACGUGGCCCCGUACGGCCCGGCCGUCCGCCAGGCGCCGCCGGGCCCGCGCGGGGGCCACAGCCCGGGCUGGCCGAGCACCGCGCCGCCGCCAGCCCUGCCGCGGCCGCCACCACCACCACCACCGCGGCCAGGCUCUCCAGUGCGGAUCGAGUUCGAGUGGCUGGAACUGAAGGAGCUGAUCGGCGCCGGUGGCUUCGGGCAGGUGUACCGGGCCACCUGGCAGGGCCAGGAGGUGGCGGUAAAGGCGGCGCGGCGGGACCCGGAGCAGGACGCGGCGACGGCGGCCGAGAGUGUGCGACGGGAGGCGAAGCUCUUCUCCAUGCUGCGGCACCCCAACAUCAUCCAGCUGCGCGGCGUCUGCCUGCGGCAGCCCAACCUCUGCCUGGUGCUCGAGUUCGCCCGCGGCGGGGCGCUCAACCGAGCUCUCGCCGCCGCCUCGGACCCCGGCGUCCCCAGCCCGCGCCGCGCGCGCCGCAUACCCCCGCACGUCCUGGUUAACUGGGCUGUGCAGAUCGCCCGGGGGAUGUUCUACCUGCACGAAGAGGCCGUCGUGCCCAUCUUGCACCGGGACCUCAAAUCCAGCAACAUUUUGCUACUUGAGAAGAUAGAGCAUGAUGACAUCUGCAAUAAAACAUUGAAGAUUACAGAUUUUGGGUUAGCAAGAGAAUGGCACAGAACUACCAAAAUGAGUGCAGCUGGCACGUAUGCAUGGAUGGCACCUGAAGUUAUAAAGUCUUCCUUGUUUUCUAAAGGAAGUGAUAUUUGGAGUUAUGGAGUGCUUCUGUGGGAACUACUCACGGGAGAAGUUCCUUAUCGUGGCAUCGAUGGUCUCGCUGUAGCAUAUGGAGUGGCGGUCAAUAAACUUACUUUGCCCAUUCCAUCCACUUGUCCUGAGCCAUUUGCUAAGCUUAUGAAAGAAUGCUGGGAACAAGACCCUCAUAUUCGUCCAUCAUUUGCCUUAAUUCUUGAACAACUGACAGCUAUUGAAGGGGCAGUUAUGACUGAAAUGCCUCAAGAAUCUUUUCAUUCCAUGCAAGAUGACUGGAAACUAGAAAUUCAACAAAUGUUUGAUGAGUUGAGGACAAAGGAAAAGGAGCUGCGCUCACGUGAAGAGGAGCUAACUCGAGCAGCUCUGCAGCAGAAGUCUCAGGAAGAAUUGCUAAAACGUCGUGAGCAGCAACUUGCAGAACGAGAGAUUGAUGUACUAGAACGGGAGCUUAACAUUUUGAUAUUCCAGUUAAAUCAGGAGAAGCCUAAUGUGAAAAAGAGGAAGGGGAAGUUUAAGAGAAGUCGUUUAAAACUCAAAGAUGGACAUCGAAUCAGUUUACCUUCAGAUUUCCAGCACAAAAUAACUGUGCAGGCUUCUCCCAACUUGGACAAACGAAGAAGUUUGAACAGUAACAGUUCUAGUCCACCAAGUAGCCCUACAAUAAUUCCCCGACUCCGAGCUAUACAGUUGACUUCAGAUGAAAGCAAUAAAACUUGGGGAAGGAACACAGUUUGUCGCCAAGAAGAAUUUGAAGAUGUAAAAAGGAACUUCAAGAAAAAAGGUUGUACGUGGGGACCAAAUUCAAUUCAAAUCAAAGAAAGAACUGAUUGCAAAGAAAGAAUAAGACCUCUCUCAGAUGGCAACAGUCCUUGGUCAACCAUCUUAAUAAAAAAUCAGAAAACCAUGCCCUUGGCUUCAUUGUUUGUGGACCAGACAGGUGCUUGCGAAGAGCCAAAACUUUCCUCUGAUGGAAAACCAAAGCAAAUAAAAUUGCCUAAUCAAACAUAUGUCGAUCUACCUCUUUGGAAAGAUGAUCAGAGAGAGAAUACGGUGGAACCUGAAAGCUUUGAGGAGGGGACCUCUGCAAGUUCUGCCACUGGCACUCCUCAAGUAACUCCGACAAAUAGUCUGAGCAGAACACCCCAGAAAAAGAAAACAGAAUUGGCUCUGUAUGGUUGCACCAUGCUGCUGGCAUCUGUGGCUUUGGGACUAGAUAUCAGAGAACUUAAUAAAACACAGGCCCCUGAAGAACUGUUGCCCAAAGAAGAGAAGAAAAAGCGUGAGGGGCUAUUCCAGCGUGCUUCCAGGUCUCGCAGAAGUGCCAGUCCUCCUUCAAGGCUGCAGUCUAAAAGAGAGGAUGCACACAGCCCAUCCUUACUCCCCUCAGCAAAUGCUGUGAACCUUCUGUCCAUGCCUUCUAGUUCCACAAAGUGUUUGUUACAGACCGACAAUGAAGAUGCAUUUAUGGGUAGCAUACAUGUGUCUUGUGACCCAGAUAUUCCCAAUCCAGAUUUUUGUUCUGCCAUUCCAGGGAGUAGUCAUGAGCCAACCUCCAUGCCAAGACUUGAGACUGAUCAUCGUAUAUCAAAAAAACUGUCUCCUUCCCUGAUAAGGCAGACACAAGGGAAUGUGCCUUAUUAUGCUUCUUCAAAAGAAAGAGCAUCACAUCACAGGCGGACCAUGUCUGAUGGAAAUGCUUGUCAGAUCCCAACUGACACAAAUAUUAUCUCAGCCACUGGAGCCUCUGAACUGCCAGUUGACCGGGUUUCUGGGAUGCUGCACUCCCCAUCCCCAUCUCACAACAACCUGCCAGGUGAAGUCUCACCAAGUGCUGUCAAUAUUGUGCCUCGGCCUCGCCCUUCCUCUCUUAGAAGCCGACUAGGUCUGCUGCAGGCUUUCCCACAGAGGACCGAGUCUCAGCCUGUGCAGACAGACAGGUUAGUGGGCCAUCAAGGACCGACCCCUAGCUGGUUCCUUGGUGACACAGAGAGGACUAAAUUCCAGAUGCCUUCGUUACUCGACACUGACAUGGAAGGUCAGAACAGGGACUACACUGUGCCUUUGUGCAGAAUGAAGAGCAAAAUUAGCCGACCGACUAUAUAUGAGCUGGAGAAAGAAUUUCUGUCUUAAAUUAAGUGCCUUAUAUUGCUAAAGCAUUUCUUUUUUUUUUUUUAAGGUGAACAAAUUUAAAUGAUGUGUCUACCUUUGAGUCAUUUCAUGCUGCUGUGUUUUCAAAAGCUGUGGCCAUGUUACCAAAAUAGUAAUGGGUGUCUAACUUCUCAAAAAAUGUACGAUUGCUGUUAGCUGUCUAUAUUGGUUUUUUUCCACUGGAUUCAUACCUAGUAACUUGAAAUACACAAGUGUAAAAGAAAUGUAUGUACAGCAAUGUAAAACUAUGCUAAGCAUAUUUCUAAUGGUUUGUUCUCAUUUAUAUCCUUGUCUGUCAAUUCAAUGGUUUUUAAUGAGGUGCACCAUUUUCUUUUUCUUUUUUUUUUGUUUUUGUUUUUGUUUUUGUAAUUUGUGCAACAGAAAGCCAAGAAAGGCCUAUUAGUUUCUUGGUAAAAAUAAUGUGAUAUUAGUAAGUAAAGGUGCCUAUUAAGAAAAAUAUUUUCUGAUGACUGGAAUAGAUGUAGCAUCCUAUUUAAACUACCUAACCUCAGUAACAGGUUUAUGAUGCAUACAUAUUUCCAAUUUUCACCUAAAUUGUGCAAUGACCUUUCUCUUUUUGAAGACAUUUUAUUGAAUGUAACCUAUAAAAGUUUUACUGGAUAUAACUUUUAAAGUUACUAGGAUUCCAAAAAUAGAUUUUUAAAAGAUCAUUGACAUUUGGCUAAGGCCAUAUUGUAUACAAUUGAGAGAGGUUAAUCUAUAGGUUCUUCCUGUAGAAAGAAUUCUUACUUCCUCGGUAGUCAUUUAUUUGUUUUCCAGAAGUAUAAAGCUUUUUCAUCUUUAAGUAGAAUUUUAAAAAAUUAAGUUAUACAUGUCUUGCUCUGUUCACAGAUAUCAUGUAUAGUAAACAUUCAUGCCAUUUAAUUUUAUUUCUAUUUAAAUGCAUUAUUACCCUAAUAGUACUGGUAGAAUUUAAGUAUUUUAUAGUUGUUCCACAUUUCAUUUAAUUGUGGAUAAACAUUAGACAUCUGUUGCGAUAAGCUGAUGUGGUAGAAAUGACAAGUAUAUUAUAUUUUCAGAAAUGGGUUUAUAAAAUGGAUCCUUGACAUAGAAGAUCAAGAUUUUUAAAUGACUUAAAAUUAUUUAUGAAUUACUUUUAUAAAUCACAUAUAUAUUGUACAAAUAGACUACUGAGUUAUUAAGCUACAGAAAUUGCUAUUCAGGACUUUUUUAAAUUUGCCAGAGUUUCUUUUGUGAAAUCUAUUGUAGUUUCCUUCUGUCACUAGAAUAUGGUUAUACAUUAGACAAACAAUAAAUACUUAACUUUUUCCAUACAGUGAACAACUAAAUUAGAAACAUUAUAUUUCAUUUAAAAUUAUAUUUUGGUUAAAGUUUACUAAAUAACUAAAUUUCAGGAAUUUAAAAUAAAUUAAAUCAGAUGUGAUAAAAUAUUUCACCUAUAGUAGAUGAAAAAGGAAAAUUAUAUUAUUUGACCAUUCUGGAAAACCUUAGUCACCACAGGUAUGUUCCAACAGAUGAUAGAGUAUGGAAGGAUUGUAUCAAUAGUAAACAUUUUGCCCUAAGGAAAACAAUCAUGUUUUAGGUUCUUGCAGCAAAAUCUCAGGUAUUUAUUAAGUCUUGUUGUAUUACUGUCCAUUCUGUGCUUUGGCUUCACUUUUAGGUGGUUACUGAAUUAUGUAAUUGAGAUUUGGUUUCCUCAAAAUUUUAUCCCAUUGGAAAUUAUGGUUUCCUACUUUGUAUUCAGUCUUUUGGGGCAUGUAACUCCCAGCUAAAAGUAAAGGAAAGACAUGCCUAAAAUAAUAAAUAGAUGUUAGAAAAAUAUAGAACUUAUGUCCUCAGUUUUGCUUCUGCCAAAACAAUCUGUGUGUAGGUGUUGAUGUGGUUCUUUAUCUUAUCCCUCCCUACCCUGUUCCUACUCCCCUUUAGCUUCACUUUAGUCCAGUCUACAUUGUGAUGAAUUUAAACAUGAAAAUAUGUUAUAAAAACAGUUGGAAUAUAUGGAUUCAAUUUUACAUGUUACUACUUUUUUUUUUUUUUUUUUUUUUUUGCUGAGAUCUAUUGUACAUUUGUGAUUUUCUAUGUGUAUUAGUAUACUGAGCAGAACCUGGUUAUUUAUUUUCAGAUAGAUUUAACAGCUCACUGAAAGAUAAAUUAAGCUGAUUAUUGUUAGUUAACAAUUACGGUGCUCUCAGUGCAGAGAUUUAAGGCAUGCACCUGAUACGCUGUAUUACAAAGCCGUAUGAAUGAAAAAGAUGUUUACAUAUGUUUAUUUUUUUAAUAAACUUUUUUAUAGCUC